UCCCCAAAGCGCCCAUAGGUGACCCCUAAAGACGGUUCGCUAUUCGCUAGACCCAGAAAACCCCACGAAAGCAUGCAAAUCAAGGGGCUCCAACCUCCGCGUUCACUUCAAGAACACGCGUGAAACUGCCCAGGCCAUCAAGGGCAUGCACAUUCGAAAGGCCACCAAGUACCUGAAGGACGUCACUCUGAAGAAGCAGUGCGUGCCAUUCCGCCGCUACAGCGGUGGCGUCGGUAGGUGCCCCCAGGCAAAACAGUGGGGCUGGGCACAGGGUCCCUGGCCCAAAAAGAGUGCUGAAUUUUUGCUGCACAUACUUAAAAAUGCCGAGAGCAAUGCUGAACUUAAGGGUUUAGAUGUAGACUCUCUGGUCAUUGAGCACAUUCAGGUGAACAAAGCUCCCAAGAUGAGGCGUAGAACCUACAGAGCUCAUGGGCGGAUUAACCCAUACAUGAGCUCUCCCUGCCACAUUGAGAUGAUCCUCACCGAAAAGGAGAAGAUUGUUCCUAAACCAGAAGAGGAGGUUGCACAGAAGAAAAAGGUAUCUCAGAAGAAACUGAAGAAACAAAAACUUAUGGCCCGGGAGUAAAUUCAGCAUAAAAUAAAUCUAAGUAAAAGUAAAA